GGGUGAUAUGACGGCCGUUCACUCUUUCAGAGGAAGUAUGGUAUCAGUAGGAACCCAGCAGCCGUUUGAAUAGCACACUAAAAUGCAUCUGAGGCUAGCGCUCCUUAUCACCCUGAUCGUGUAUUUACAAUGGAGUGUGCAAGCAUGCGAGCCAGAUCAGAAUCAACGCGGCUGCAAGAUAUACGGUACCUCGUGCACGUGCGGGUACGGAUGCAAAACCGAAUACAUUUAUAGAACAAGGCGUGCUUGUUUAAAUGCUCUAAGAGAGAGGAGUUCAAACGUUUGCGUCCGCAUGCCUUGCGUCCGAGGCAAUUGCAUUCAAACUGUUCAGGACCCAGGAUUCACUUGCAAGUGUGAAGGCACCGGAUUUUAUGGACAGAGAUGUGAAAAAGCGUGUCCAACGGAACCAAUUCGGGGCUUAGUCUUCCCACAUGAAUGCGUCGUUAUAUAAAUAAAGCUUUAGUUGUAUUACAUAAUACCCUAUUUAUUUAGUACCAUUUCACGUAAAUUGUAUUUGUUUAUUCAACCAUUGUAAAAUAUCUUAGCUUACAUUUUAAAAGUGUAUUAGGUUAUAUCAGAUAUUUGUGAAUAUAACAUCUUUCUUAUUAUUUA